UGGAGUCGCAGCCCAACAACUCAUCUCCAUCACCAUCAGCAUCCUCAUCCCCUUCUCACAUCGCGCAGAAGAUUCGCCGCAACUUGGCAUUCCCAUCAAAAUGGGGCGAGCUCAACGGCGCCAUGGGCGACCUCGGCACCUACAUCCCCAUCAUCCUAGCCCUAACCCUCUCCCAAAACCUCGACCUCGGCACCACCCUCAUCUUCACCGGCGUCUACAACUUCCUCACCGGCGCCCUCUACGGCGUCCCCAUGCCCGUCCAGCCAAUGAAAUCCAUCGCCGCCGUCGCCAUCUCCAACCAUUCCUUCGGCAUCCCCGAAAUCAUGGCCUCCGGCAUCCUCACCUCCGCCGCCCUCCUCCUCCUCGGCGCCACCGGCCUCAUGCGCCUCGCCUACAACCUCAUCCCCAUCGCCGUCGUCCGCGGCAUCCAGCUCGCCCAGGGCCUCUCCUUCGCCAUCACCGCCGUCAAAUACAUAAAAUCCGAGCAAAACUUCGCCAAAUCCAAAUCCGCCGGCGACCGACCCUGGCUCGGCCUCGACGGCCUCAUCCUCGCCUUCGCCUGCGCCUCCUUCAUCCUCCUCAUCAACGGCUCCGGCGACGAAACCGAAACAGAAACCAACCAAAUAGACGGAAUCGAAAUCGAUCGACCAAAUCCAAGGAGAAGUAGAAAAAUCCUAAAAUUCAUCACAUCGAUUCCAUCCGCAUUCCUAAUAUUUUUAUUAGGGCUAAUCCUCGCCAUCGCGAGAGGACCUCAAGCAAUCAAUCACUUCAAAUUCGGGCCGUCGAAAAUCAAUGUGAUCAAAAUCUCGAAGCAUUCAUGGAAGGAAGGGUUCAUAAAAGGCACAAUUCCACAGCUGCCGUUAUCGAUCCUCAACUCCGUCAUCGCCGUUUGCAAGCUCUCCACCGAUCUCUUCCCGGAAAAGGACGUCUCGGCGACGUCAGUGUCGAUCACCGUCGGCCUAAUGAACCUGAUCGGGUGCUGGUUCGGGGCAAUGCCGUGCUGCCACGGGGCGGGGGGGUUGGCCGGGCAGUAUAAAUUCGGAGGGCGGUCAGGGGGGUGCGUGGCGAUGUUAGGGGUGGCUAAGUUGGUGUUGGGGUUGGCUCUGGGGGGCUCGUUGGUGAAGGUUUUGGUGCAGUUUCCUGUGGGAGUGUUGGGGGUUUUGUUGCUCUUUGCCGGGAUAGAGCUUGCCAUGUGUGCUAGGGAUAUGAGCACCAAGACCGAGGCGCUGGUGAUGCUCGUCUGCACCGCGGUGUCGUUGGUCGGGUCGAGUGCAGCGCUAGGGUUCUUGUGUGGAAUGGUGGUGCAUUUGCUGCUCCGGGUGAGGAAGGCGGGGGAGGUGAAGUCGUGCUCCGAGUUCUGGCUUGAUACUAAAGUUUAGAGGGUCACGAUGAAUUAAACUUACUCUUGUUACUACUUUUUUUAAUUCAUUUUAAGUGUGUGCGUCGUCAAUGAAAAUACGUGUGUACACUCUUGUUCAUUGUAUGAGUAAUUAGUUUGAGUGAUUGUGUUGUGAAUGGAAAAAUCGACUGUUGGAAAA